ACAGUUCCUGAGAGGCGUGGGCCGAACGAAUGUUGCGUUGUCUCGGGAUAUAAAAACCGUUGGCAAUCGACGUCGGCACUUCAGUACUCCUUCACUAUCCUGCAAAGAAUCUCGUUAUAACCAUGGCUCUUGAACGUCAAGUCCGUGCCAAGAUUGCUGGCAAGCGAAACCCAGAACAGGAAAAGGAGGCCCAAGAAUGGAUCGAAUCGAUUAUGGGCAAAAAAUUCCCCACUAAUGAAACAUUCGAGGAUGUUAUUCGCGAUGGUCAGGUUCUUUGUCAAUUGAUGAACAAAAUCGCCCCUGGAUCUGUGCCCAAGAUCAACAGUUCCGGUGGACAGUUCAAAAUGAUGGAGAACAUCAAUCUAUUCCAGAAGGCUUUGAAGGAAUACGGAGUCGAUGAUGUCGAUGUUUUCCAAACAGUGGACUUGUGGGAGAAAAAGGACAUAGCACAAGUCACAACAACCUUGUUCGCCUUAGGACGUCAGACUUACCGACACGCAGAUUGGAAAGGACCUUAUUUGGGACCAAAACCAUCAGAAGAAUGCAAAAGAGACUUCACUGAGGAACAACUUAAAGCUGGGCAGACAAUUGUCGGUCUUCAAGCUGGUUCCAAUAAGGGUGCAACCCAAGCUGGACAAAGUAUGGGAGCAACUCGUAAAAUUCUUCUUGGAAAGUAAUUUCCUCCCUUCUUUCCUUCCCUUUCCCUCUCCUUCCUUACCCCUUCUCCACUCCCCCUCCCCUCUUUCCAACAACCAAAAUGAAAAUCCGCGCGUAAUUUAUAUUUUUUAUGUAUAUAUAAUAUAAUACUCUAAUGUUUAAUUAUUUAUUUUAUCUCUUUUAUUACUGAAGAAUAUACAUUGUAUCUCUAUUAUAAUCAAGUAUGUCAAUAUAAUCGAUUUAUUUAUA